GUUUAUUAGCCUUACAGUAGGUGGCGGCAGACACGUUAUAUUUGUGUAAAUGUCAGUAUUACCAGAGAAGAAGAUGACGCUGCUGCGCUAUAGUAGUGGGGAACAGGAAGUUCCGGGUCGAAACGACAGAACUGUGUUGUUAUGUCGAUAGUGGUUGUGUCCGUUUCUAAUGUAUCAUUGUAGGUAUGUAAUAGCAUGUUUAAACUUUCUAAUGUCGAGAGAAUAUAACACGCUAGGUAACAAAUCCGUCAAUGUAUUUUCACGUUUGGUAAAGGUUUUAAUUGUAUGUGUUAUUUUGGGGUCAAACCGAGUGAGUGAAGAACGUGUAAAGAAAUAUUUUACAAGUCACAUAACUAGACUUUGGGUUUAUCUGAGUGUAUGUACAUAAUUUCGUCAAAGUCAUUUCAUAAAGAUUCCACUUAUUUGAGUUCGUUUUUACAUGUUAUUGGUUUUGUGUAAAAUGUAUAUGAGCUGGAAAAUAGCCUCGUCCGAACCAUCCUGUUUUCGCGAGUUUGCAUACACUGUUUCGUUAAUGAAAGCUCGCGAGAUCAGGAUGGUUCGGACGAGGCAAGUCAAAUGGCGAACGAUUUCGGUCGUCUUUCUAUGAGUUUAUUCGUGGUGAAAUGGCGACAUGAGGCUGUGUGAUAGUGUCAAAAUAGAGGGAAGCUAACUGAAGUUAUCCUUCACCAUUUGGAGAGAGAGGCCAACUGCAUGGAAUGGCGUCGAUUAAUGCGGAUGAAUCGGAGCACGUGUCAAACUCAUUCCAUGGAGGACCAAGUGUCUGCGAGUAAUAAUGUGUUAGAGUGGAAAGUUGGGAUGGUGUUUGAGGAGACCACAGGGCCUCAUUUACACCCUGAUUAACCAAGGCCAUAAAAAGAGACCGACUCAGAUUAAGUCUGAGGCCAGUAACAUCAACAGUGAGGACAAACCCAGCCUGCCACUCUCCUUCCACACUGAGUAGGAACCUACAGUCACUGGUCCCUGAUUGUGACAGUGGAGCCCAGUUUGCUCUGCAGGAUCCAGAGAUGGCAUCAGUGAAGCUGGAAGCCUGCAGUCAAACACUGGAGCUGAAUGUCAACAUUAAAGAUGAAGAAGAGGAGGAGAAGAUUAGGACAACUGUUAGUCAUGGAUACCAUGUUGAGACAUUCUCCACAUCCAAAGAGCAACAGCAGGAAGAUCAGAGAGCUAAGAGGUCUCAUCACUGCCCACAUUGUGAAGAGAUUUUCCCAUUUCUAUCAAAGCUAAAAAUACACCUAAAAAUACACACAGGAGAUAAGCCUUUCUUCUGCCCUGACUGUGGAACUCGUUUCUCUCAGCUUUCCCUCUUAAAAUCACAUGAACGUAUACAUACAGGAGAGAAGCCUUUCUUCUGCUCUGACUGUGGGGCGAGUUUCUCUCAGCUGGGCACCUUAAAAACACACCAACUUAUACACACAGGAGCGAAGCCUCAUUCCUGCUUUGACUGCGGAAAAUGUUUUAAAACAUCAAAUGCGCUAAAACGUCAUCAGACAACACACACAGGAGAGAAGCCUUUCUUCUGCCCUGACUGUGGAACUAGUUUCUCUCAGCUUUCCCACUUAAAAUCUCAUGAACGUAUACACACAGGAGAGAAGCCAUACUCUUGCUCUGACUGUGGAAAAUGCUUCACAACAUCAACAUAUCUAAAAGUUCACCAGAGAACACACACAGGAGAGAAGCCUUACGUCUGCUCUGACUGUGGGGCGAGUUUCUCUCAGCUGGGCACCUUAAAAACACACCAUCUUAUACACACAGGAGAGAAGCCUUACGUCUGCUCUGACUGUGGGGCGAGUUUCUCUCAUCUGGGCACCUUAAAAACACACCAACUUAUACACACUGGUGAGAAGCCUUACUUCUGCUCUGACUGUAGAAAAUGCUUCACAACAUUAACAUAUCUAAAAGUUCACCAGAGAACACACACAGGAGAGAAGCCUUACGUCUGCUCUGACUGUGGGGCGAGUUUCUCUCAGCUGGGCACCUUAAAAACACACCAACUUAUACACACAGGAGAGAAGGCUUACGUCUGCUCUGACUGUGGGGCGAGUUUCUCUCAUCUGGGCAACUUAAAAACACACCAACUUAUACACACUGGUGAGAAGCCUUACGUCUGCUCUGACUGUGGUGUUAGUUGCUCUCGACUGGAUAACUUAAAAACACACCAACGUAUCCAUACAGGAGAAAAACCUUACUACUGCCCUGACUGUGGGGAGAGAUUCUCUCAAAAGACCAACUUAAAAGUUCACCAAAGAACACACAAAGGAGAGAAGCCUUACUUCUGCUCUGACUGUGGGAAGAGUUUCUCUCGCCAGAGCAACUUAAAUACACACCAACUUAUACACACUGGUGAGAAGCCUUACUACUGCUCUGACUGUGGAAAAUGCUUCAAAACAUCAACUGAGCUAAAAGUUCACCAGAGAACACACACAGGAGACAAGCCGUAUUACUGCUCUGAGUGUGGAACUAGUUUCUCUAAAUUUUCCAUCUUAAAAACACAUGAACGUAUACAUACAGGAGAGAAGCCUUACUCCUGCUCUGACUGUGGAAAACGUUUUAAAACAUCAACUGAGCUAAAAGUUCACCAGAGAACACACACAGGAGAAAAGCAUUACGUCUGCUCUGACUGUGGGGUUAGUUUCUCUCGACUGGAUACCUUAAAAACACACCAACGUAUCCAUACAGGAGAAAAGCCUUACUACUGCCCUGACUGUGGGGAGAGUUUCUCACUAUCGGGUACCUUGAAAUCACAUGAACGUAUACAUACAGGAGAGAAGCCUUACUACUGCUCUUUCUGUGGAAAACGUUUCUCCCGAUUAGGUACCUUGAAAUCACAUGAACUUAUACAUACAGGAGAGAUCCUUACUCCUGCUCUGAAUGUGUAAAAUGCUUCAAAACAUUAACUCAUCUAAAAGUUCAUCAGAGAACACACACAGGAGAGAAGCCUUAUUCCUGCUCUGACUGUGGAAAACGUUUUAAAACAUCAAAUGAGCUAAAGGUUCAUCAGAAGACUCACACAGGAGAGAAGCCUUUCUUCUGCUCUGACUGUGGGGCGAGUUUCUCUCAGCUGGGCUCCUUAAAAACACACCAACGUAUACACACAGGAGUGAAGCAUUAUUCCUGCUCUGACUGUGGGAAAUGUUUUAAAACAUCAAAUAAGCUAAAAGUUCACCAGAGAACACACACAGGAGAGAAGCCUUACGUCUGCUCUGACUGUGGGGCGAGUUUCUCUCUGCUGGGCAACUUAAAAACACACCAACGUAUGCACACAGGAGCGAAGCCUUAUUCCUGCUCUGACUGUGGAAAAUGAUUUAAAACAUCAAAUGCGCUAAAAGUUCACCAGAGAACACACACAGGAGAGAAGCCUUACUUCUGCUCUGACUGUGGGAAGAGUUUCUCUCACCAGAGCAACCUAAAAACACACCAACGUAUACAUUAACUUCGUGUGGGUACCUGGGACGGUUGCGUCCCACCUGGUCAACAUCGGUGAAAUUGCAGAGUGACCGAUUCAAAUUUAAUUACUAUAAAUAUUUACAUUUCAUGAAAUCACAAGUGUAAUACAUCAAAAUAAAGCUUCACUUGUUGUUAAUCUAGCCGCCAUGUCCGAUUUCAAAAAGGCUUUAAGGCGAAAGCAAACCAUGCGAUUAUCUGAGGACGGCGCUCAGCACACAAAACAUUACAUACAGUUACCAGCCAAGUAGAUUAGUCACGAAAGUCCGAAAUAUGAUGAUCUUCAUAUGGUUACACUCCCAGUUACACAAUAAAUGUUAAUUUUGUUCGAUAAAGUCCCUCUUUAUAUCUUGAAACCUCCAUUUUGUUGGCACAUUUUGUUCUGUAAUCCAAUGGCUCAAAUGCGGUCACCAGAGGCAGACGAAAAUUCCAAAUAGUAUCCGUAAAGUUUGUAGAAACAUGUAAAACGAUGUUUAUAAUCAAUUCCCAGGUUGUUUUUAGCCUAAAUAAUAGAUAAUAUUUCAACUGGCAACAGCGUCGUCAAUAUAGAAGAAAAACAAGAAAGGUGCGCUCUGCAGGACCCAGCUCUGGGGACAUCCCACUAUCCACUGACUCAAUGUGGUCAUUCUCCCUCAUUUUUCAGAAUUCAAGCCUGAAACAAUGUCUAAAGACUGUUCACAUCUAGUGUUAGACAUGGGGAACGGAAUCUGGGUCUUAUCCCUUUAAAUGGUGGAUAGGCUUUCAUUGGAAAAACAGCCAUUUCAAAAUAAUGGCACUUCCUGGAUGGAUUUUCCUCAUGUUUUUGCCUGCCUUUUCAGUUCUGUUAUACUCACAGACAAUAUGUUUUAAGUUUUAGAAACUUUUGAGUGGUGUCUUUCCAAUUCUACUAAUUGUAUGCAUUUCCUAGCUUCUGGUCCUGAGUAGCAGGCAGUUUACUUUGGGAACGCUUUUAAUCCGGAGGUGAAAAUAGUGACCCCUACCCUAGUGAGGUUAAGGAGAAAAGCCUCAUCGGUUCUCUGACCAGCUAAGAAUAAAGUCACUCCAUCACUUAAUUCUCAUCUCAUAAAAGAAGUUGUAAUUGGAUCAAAUGAAGAAAGCGUAGAACACUGUAAUCCGAUUGGUUCUCACUGUGAGAGAACUGUGCAGAGGAGAGGGAGCGUUCUAGAUUUUAGCCUCUCUUUACUUUACCAAUCAGUGUGCACCUUGUCAGAGUGUUUGAAUCUCAUCACUUGGCAACUACUUACUACUUUUUAGUUAUUACUUAGCAUGUCAGCUACCCUUUCUCCUAAACCCAUUUAACUCUACCUUAAACCCCUCACCCCUAACCAAGCUAACAUCAGCAACAACAAAUUGGAAUUCGUAACAUAUCAUACAUAUUACAAGUUCGUAACAUAUUGUAUGAAUAGCAAUGCGUAAAGUAACAUACAAAUUGUAAUUCUUAACAUACGAUACGUCCUGCAAGUCGUAUUAUACUGAACAACAAUCUAAACGUAACCAUUUCAAAGAUUUACAGUUUGUAUAAGGAAAUCAGUCAAAUGAAAUAAAUGAGGCCCUAAUCUAUGUUAGGUUACAUUAUAUUGGACCUCCAAUAUAAACUAAACAUGUAAAGUGUUGGUUUCAUGAGCUGAAAUAAAAAGAUCCAGCACAAAAAGCUAAUGUCUCUCAAAUGUUGUGCACAACUUUGUUUAUAUAUACUGUUAGUGAGCAUUUCAGCCUUUGUCAAGAUAAUCCAUCCACCUGACAGGUGUGGCAUAUCAAGAUGCUGAUAAAACAGCAUGGUCAUUACACAGGUGCACCUUGUGCUGGGGGACAAUAAAAGGCCGCACAACACAAUAUCACAGAUGUCUCAAGUUCAGGGAAUGUGCAAUUCUCAUGAUGACUGCAGGAAUGUCCACCAGAGCUGUUGCCAGAGAACUCAAUAUUUAUAUCUCUACCAUUAGCCACCUCUAACGUCCUUUUAGAGAAUUUGGCAGUACAUCCAACCGGCCUCACAACUGCAGAUCACAUGUAACCACGGCAGCCCAGGACCUCUUCACCUGCAGGAUUGUCCGAGGUGGUGGGGGGAGGGGCAGAGUAGUAUUUCUAUCUGUAAUCAAGACCUUUUGUGGGGAAAAACUCAUUCUGAUUGGCCGGGCCUGGCUCCCAAGUGGGCCUAUGCCUUCCCAAGUCCCACCCAUGGCUGAGCCCCUGCCCAGUCAUGUGAAAUCCAUACUAAAUGUAGUGGCACGGAUGUUUUUGUAAUAUAUAAUACGUUUUGCUCUGAGACCAGGUUUCUGGCCAGUAUUCUGUGGGAAGGAGCUAGUAGACACUUUUUUUAUUGAACCUUUAUUUAACUAGGCAAGUCAGUUAAGAACAAAAUCUUAAUUACAAUGAUGGCCUAGGAACAGUGGGUUCACUGCCUUGUUCAGAGGCAGAACAACAGAGUCUUACCUUGUCAGCUCGGGGAUUUGAUCUUGCAACCUUUUGGUUAAUGGCCCAACGCUCUAACCACUAGGCUACCUUCCGCCCCUAACAUGUAUCAGAUAGAGAUGAUCACUUUUCACCACAAGUUUUUUUUUUUGGGGGGGGGAUUAUUUUACAACUUUAUUUAAUGAUACACAGUUUAUGAAAUUAAUCCAUGUGUUUAUUAAUUGUCUUUAAAACUAGAUGAGUUAUUUUAGUUACUGAUCAUGAAUGUGUUUGGAUAACUGCAUUGAAGCAAACUUUAUUGAUCUGCCAAUGAAAAAUAAAGUUACAUGAAUAUGUACUGGUCAA